AUGGCGCGUGUGCCGUCUUUUCAUUUAUUUUUUGUCUGAAUUGUGUACGUCGUCUCGCACCGCGUUAAGUUAAUAUUAUUAUUACUAUUAUUAUAAUACUAUUAUUAUUAUUAUUAUUGUUAUUAUUAUUAUAAUAUUUUAUUUUCUGUAUAUUGCGUGCGUUUUUGUCAACACAUGUGCAGUAUUACGGUUACUUAGCGCCGUACAACCGUUCGCGGACAACGUACCGUUUUUGAACUGUUUAAACCGAACCCGAUAACAUAAUAUUUUGUCGUGUGCGUGUUGUCAUUGUCACAUCUCGUUUCUUGGAGUUUAAACGUUGCGUGACGUUCUAAUUCGAGUCUGAACGUAAUUGUAUAGUUGAAUCGAAUCCGUGCAAAAAUAGUGGUCACAAUGAGUGUCGACACGUACGGACCGAGUUCGCAGACUCUAACGUUCUUGGAGACCGAAGAGGCCGACAUGAUCGGUGCGGACACCCAAGGCAGCGAGUUUGAGUUCACUGAUUUCACGUUGCCUUCGCAGAGCCAAGCUCCAAUGUCUCAAUUGGAUUCAUCGUCCUCACAUAGAAUGCAGUUGCUCAGCAAUAAAAGCGAUAAAGAUGAUACAAAUGUCAUAACUGUCACUAAAAAGAUUGGUGAACUGCAGUUUGAGGAUGAAGAAGAAGAUUCAUUUUUCACCAAGGAAUUACCAUAUUAUGCAUGCAAAUAUUGUGGUAUUCAUGAUCCUGGAUGCGUAGUUAUGUGUAAUAUAUGCAAAAAAUGGUUUUGUAAUGGACGUGGAAAUACUUCUGGAUCACAUAUAAUCAAUCAUUUGGUUCGAGCUAAGCACAAGGAAGUUACUUUACAUAAAGAUGGUCCAUUGGGUGAAACUGUAUUGGAAUGUUAUUCUUGUGGUGUUAAAAAUGUGUUCGUGCUUGGAUUCAUACCAGCUAAAGCAGACUCUGUGGUUAUAUUGCUAUGUAGACAGCCAUGUUCCACACAGAAUGCUUUAAAAGAUAUGAACUGGGAUCAAGAACAAUGGAAACCAUUGAUUGCUGAUCGUUGCUUUUUGACUUGGCUUGUGAAAGUACCAAAUGAGACUGAUCAGUUACGUUCUCGACAUGUCAGUGCUACUCAGAUUGCCAAGCUUGAAGAACUCUGGAAAGAGAAUAAUGAAGCAACAAUUAAUGAUCUUGAUAAACCUGGUGUAGAUGAAGAGCCACAAAUUGUUUUACUUAGAUACGAAGAUGGUUUUCAAUAUCAAAAUGUUUUUGGACCAUUGGUGAAAUUAGAAGCUGAUUAUGAUAAACGUUUGAAAGAAUCUCAAACUCAAGAGAACAUAACUGUCAGGUGGGAUGUUGGAUUAAACAAAAAGACUAUUGCUUAUUUUCAUUUAGCUAAAACCGAUGGUGAUAUGCGUUUGAUGCAUGGAGAUGAACUGCGUUUAAGAUUGACUGGUGAAAAUCCUUGGGCUGGAAUUGGACAUGUCAUUAAAAUACCAGACAAUUAUGGAGAAGAUGUAGGAUUGGAAUUAAAAAUCAACAAUGGUGUACCUACUGAUAUAACAUCAAAUUAUGUAGUUGAUUUUAUAUGGAAAUCUACAUCUUUUGACAGAAUGCAAUGUUCAUUGAAAAGAUUUGCUACUGACGAGUCUUCAGUAUCAUCAUACAUAUAUCAUAGGUUGUUAGGCCAUGAAUUUGAUGACCUUAUGUUUAGAUCACAUAUGCCAAAACAUUUCUCAGCACCAAAUUUGCCUGACUUAAAUAGAUCACAAGUGUAUGCUGUUAAACAUGCUGUUCAACGGCCUCUAUCAUUAAUACAAGGACCACCAGGAACUGGUAAAACUGUAACUUCUGCUACAAUUGUAUAUCAAUUGGUUAAAAUAAAUGGUGGACCGGUUUUGGUAUGUGCUCCUUCAAAUAUAGCUGUUGACCAAUUGACAGAAAAAAUUCAUAGAACCGGUUUAAAAGUGGUUCGUGUGUGCGCUAAAUCUCGUGAAGCUAUUGAUUCUCCAGUGUCAUUUUUAGCACUUCAUAAUCAAGUCCGAAAGAUGUCUUGCAAUGUUGAGCUUCAGAAAUUCCAACAGUUAAAAGAUGAAACUGGUGAAUUAUCAAUGGCUGAUGAAAAAAGAUAUCGUGCUCUUAAGAAAGCAGCUGAACGAGAAUUACUUAAAGCUGCUGAUGUUAUUUGUACCACAUGUGUUGGUGCAGGUGAUCCACGUUUAGUACGAUUUAAAUUUCAUUCCAUAUUGAUCGAUGAAAGCAUGCAAGCUACUGAACCUGAAUGUAUGGUACCAGUUGUGCUUGGUGUAAAACAGUUAAUUCUUGUUGGUGAUCAUUGUCAACUUGGACCUGUGGUAAUGUGUAAAAAAGCAGCUAGAGCUGGAUUAAGUCAAUCCCUUUUUGAGCGUCUUGUAGUGUUGGGUAUUCGUCCAUUCAGAUUGGAAGUACAGUAUAGAAUGCAUCCAGAACUAUCAAGAUUCCCUUCAAAUUUCUUCUAUGAAGGAUCAUUACAAAAUGGAGUUUGUGCUGAUGAUAGAAAAUUAAGUAAAAUUGAGUUCCCUUGGCCAGUAGCAGAUAAACCAAUGUUAUUCUAUGUGACUCAAGGACAAGAAGAAAUCGCGGGUUCAGGAACAUCAUAUUUGAACAGAACAGAAGCUGCUAAUGUUGAAAAGAUUGCUACCAGAUUUUUGAGAUGUGGUGUUAAGCCUGAUCAAAUUGGUAUCAUAACUCCUUAUGAAGGACAGAGAGCAUACUUGGUGCAAUACAUGCAAUAUCAAGCGCCUCUUCCAGCUAAAGUUUAUCAAGAAAUCGAAAUAGCUAGUGUAGAUGCAUUUCAGGGUCGUGAAAAAGAUUUGAUUAUUAUGUCUUGUGUACGUUCGAAUGAACAUCAAGGAAUCGGUUUCCUUAACGAUCCAAGACGAUUAAAUGUUGCCUUGACAAGAGCUAAAUAUGGCAUACUGAUUGUUGGAAAUCCAAAAGUUUUAUCCAAACAACAAUUAUGGAAUCAUUUAUUAAAUUACUAUAAAGCAAAUAAUGUGUUGGUAGAAGGGCCAUUAAAUAACUUAAAAGAGUCGCUUAUUCAGUUGUCUAAACCUAAACAGUUAGUGAAUACAGCAAAUCCUGGAUCUCAUUUUAUGACAACUCAUAUGUAUGAUGCCCGCGAAGCUUUGAUCCCUGGUAGUGUUUAUGAUCGUAGUAAUCAAGGAAAUGUACCGAAUGGUCAUGGUCCACCUCAAUAUUUCCCAAGACCUGGACCAGGUCCCACUGUUGGAAUGGGCUUAGAUUUGUAUACACGUAAUCAUGAUCCAUUAACAUUUAUCACACCAGACACCCGGUCUCAACCACAAAUUGGAGGAAUACCAGUUGGAAUGGUGAUGAAUAUGAAUUCAAUGGCUCCUAGGUUCUUUAACCAGCAGUCUGUUCAAAAUCGCCAAAAUGUACGUACAAACCGACUUCCAAUGACUAGUGGUCGUCUAAAGACUAAAGUAAACCAGAAGAAUCAAAAAUCAAAUGGAAUCGGUGCCUCAACUCUUAGCCAAGCAAUGACACAAGAUGUUUCUCAGCCAUAUAGUCAGAACAUGUCACAGAGUAUGUCUCAGCCUGGGUUUAGUCUUUCACAACCAGGAUUAUCUCAGCCUGACUUAUCCCAAGACAGUUAUAUGAUGGGUGAGUUCCAUUCUCAAAUGGAUGGUUUACUCUCACAAGAUUCAACAUAUCAAGGUGACCGUACUGUCACAUCAUUUUACAAUCCACCAAAUACAUUGUAUUCUCAGCAACCUUAUUGAAAAUAUUUACAAAGGACGAGUACAGCCAAUGAUCACGUGGGAGCGUCUUGUUGGUGCUGAUUUAUCAACAGAUUAUUUUUAUUAUUGAGCAUGGUUUGCGGACAUCACGAACAAUACAUGGUUCAUACUUAAAUUGUUCGGGGGGUAAAUUAACCCAAAUGGAUAAGAUGAUCAUUUACAAAUGAUUUUAUAAAUAACUAUUGUAUGUGGAGAAUACAUUUAAGAAUUAAACAACUAAA